AUGAGGGCAGAAUUUAUCGAGAUCGGUCAUGCCGAUGACAGGUUCAGGGCACAGUUACACCAAAAUACCAGCACCCAAAAUCUUGUCGAAGGCAUUUUUCUGCAGCGCCCCUCGUCUGCUGAAUCGACUGAGGAUCUAGAGAGCAGCGUCUGGAGGCCUAGGGUUAAGGAAUGGCUUGUUCUGAGCUGCGUCUCGCUGGUCGCCAUGCUGGAUGCAUUCGAUGCGACAAUGAUGGUGCCCAUUAUACCGGUCCUGUCGGCUGCAUUCAAACAACCACUCCGGAGCGUACUCUGGGUCGACACGUCGUACUUUCUCGCAAGUGCAGCAAGCAAGCCACUCUUUGCCAUGUUGUCCGAAGUUUUCGGUCAGGGGCCGAUCCUCAUCGCCGCCGUCGUGAUAACAACAGCUGGGACGGGGGUUUGUAGCGGUUCAUUGGACAUUCCGAGUCUAGUCGCUGGCCGACUAUUUCAGGGGGCGGGCAACGGGGGUGCUAUGGCUGUUUCGCUGCUGCUGGUGACCGAUUUAAUUCCAUACCCGCAUCGCGUCCGAUUUUCCGGCUAUAUAUGUCGGGCAUGGGCAUUUGGGGCCAUGCUUGGGCCAGUGUCUGGGGGCCUUUUCGGUCAGUACGGAAACUGGAAUUGGACAUUCUAUUCCAGCUACAUCUUCUGCGCAUUGAGUCUACUUGUCGCUCCAUUCGCGAUUGACCUGCGAGACUCCAACACUAUUUCUAGACGUGCGGUGCGUGAAAUGGACUGGAUCGGAGCUGUCUUGACAUCUAUUGGGAUUGGUUCACUUUUGGCUGGGAUCAGUUGGAUAGGGCGGCCGCCGGUAGAAUGGGACGACUGGCGCAUCUUGGUCUCUAGCUGUGUCGGUGGGGUUGUGAUGGUCUGUCUAGUCCUCUAUGAAAGUGUUUGGGUGUCUCAUCCGAUGUUUAAUCUUGGGAUAUUCAGCUCUAUAUCAACAAUCAUGCUGUACAUCGGCUGUUUACUGCACGGGAUUCUGAUACUAUGGCAUUUACAGUAUCUCUCCAUGUACGUGUUUCUUGUCAAAAAAUCCUCCACACCUCUUACGGGGGUAAGCAUCAUCGCCAUCACCGCCCCUGCGCUUCCCAUACUCUUCUUCACGGCAAAGAUGUGGGGUGGCAGAUACCCUUUUCGCCCACGUUGGAUCAUUCGCGCCGGCUGGGUAUUGAACCUGCUUUCAUCAGGAUGCUUUAUGCUUCUAGAUGCCAAUACCCCAACUUCUGGCUGGGUAUCCAUCCUCUCCGCUACUGGCGUGAGCCACGCACUUCUAAUCUCCGGGCACAACAUAUGCUCAAACCCCGAGUCGCCCAUUCGCAAGCGCAAAGAGAAAGAUACACGGAAACCGAUACUAGGAGAUAGAAGUAGCAGCCCUGCCUUCGCGAUGGUGAUGUACUCUGUUCUUCAAACAUGGGGCAUGUGCAUUGCGAUUCCUGUUGGCGGGUGUAUUGUCUUGACGCAGAUGGUGCAGGAGCUCCAUCAGAACCCUGUCGAGUCUUCGGGAUCACUUGCCUGGCAUGAUGGGAUUAUACUGUCCGAUGACAAUAGAGAGGAGCUGGGCCAUGUGUUUCUGAGUGGCUUCCGUGUGGUAUGGCGGUUCUUCAUGGGAGUUUCCACCCUGGGCGGGCUGUCUUCGUUGUUGAUUCGGUGA